ACGUUCUCAAAGCGAGGAUUCGCGUCACGACGGAAGGAAGAGGCGCUGGAGCUGUUAUUAUUUUUUCGCGAUAUCUUGAAUUUUUUUUGACCGAUUAAAAUGGGGAAAGCCGAUUUUCUGAGUCCUAAAGCGAUUGGAAACAGAAUUAAAGCCAAAGGCCUUCAGAAGCUGCGCUGGUAUUGUCAGAUGUGUCAGAAACAGUGUAGAGAUGAAAACGGGUUUAAAUGUCACUGCAUGUCCGAGUCUCAUCAGAGACAGCUGCUGUUAGCUUCGGAGAACCCUUACCAGUUCCUGAACUACUUCUCAGAGGAGUUCAAAAGUGACUUCUUAGAGCUGCUCCGAAGACGUUUUGGGACUAAGCGGGUUCACAAUAACAUCGUGUAUAACGAGUACAUCAGUCAUCGGGAACAUGUUCACAUGAACUCUACUCAGUGGGAGACUCUCACCGACUUCACCAAAUGGCUUGGGAGAGAAGGUUAUUGCAAAGUGGAUGAGACGCCCAAAGGCUGGUACAUCCAGUACAUUGAUCGCGAUCCGGAGACGAUCCGCAAGCAGGAAGAGCAAGAGAGGAAGAAGAAACAGGAUCUGGAUGAUGAAGAACGCAGCGCCAAAUUCAUCGAAGAUCAGGUCCGCCGUGGCAGAGAGGGCAAGGAGCCAGAGGAAGAACCCGUUUUCACAGAACUGAAGCGAAUGAAUGAAGACGAGAAAGUAGCUUUUAAUUUAGACAUUGCUUCAGCGGGGCCGUCUAAAACGAGCUCCAUUUUAGGUCCCAGCGCCCUUAAAGCCCCAGCGUCUGCAAAAAGAAAAGAGCCUUCCCACAGCGGAGACUCCAAGGACAAGAAAAAGAAAUCGGCUCUGGAUGAGAUAAUGGAGAUGGAGGAGCAGAAGAGGAAAUCGGUGAGGUCAGAUAACUGGAUACAAGCAAACAUCGUAGUGAAGGUGGUCACUAAGAAACUGGGAGAGAAGUACUACAAGAAGAAAGCAGUCAUCCGGGAGGUGCAGGAUAAAUACACAGCCGUGGUGAAGAUGAUCGACUCUGGAGACAAACUCAAACUGGACCAGAGCCACGUGGAGACGGUCAUUCCAGCUCCUGGCAAGCGGGUUUUGAUCGUGAACGGUCAAUAUAAAGACACGGAGGCCGUCCUGGAGGGCAUUAACGAGCACAGAUUCUCUGCCACGCUCACGUUAGACUCGGUGAGGUCACUCUGGAAAAAAAAUCUGCACGAUGUUAAAAAGAUGGCUCCGGUGCAUUGCGCCGUGAAAUCAGAAUAUGGUUUUGGAGCUUGUAGUGAAUUUCUGUUAGCUUUCGAGUCAUCUGUAGGCUGGUCCAGCCUCUUUUUUUUGUUUGUUUUAAAGUGGUAGUACACCCAAAACUGAAACUGUUCAUCUUCUGAACAUAAAUUAAGAUAUUUCUGAUGAAAUCCGGGAGCUUUCUGACCCUGCGCAGGCAGCAAUGAAGGUCCAUAAUGGUAAUACGGACAUUGGUAAAAUAGUCAAAGGUCGUUUUUUUGUCUUUUUGGGUCUCUGCAUCGAGGACGCCAUCAGCUGAUGCGUUUCUAAUCAAAUUGUAUUUCAAAUAAAUGCCAUUUCUGUUUGAAUUAAAUGUUUUGCUUUCUGCUGAACUGUUAAGCAGCACGGAUGUUCUCCAGGUUUCGGAGCCACUCGUCUAAAGCGUUUCUUUUCUCUCGGUUUAGGGUCGGAUGAAAGGAAAGACGGUGGAGGGGAUCGCGUACGAGGACUUCUCUAAACUGGCUUGACGUUCUUUCUCCUUCACCGCUUGGCCUCUACUGUGUCAGAGUGCAUAAUAAAGACUCUUAAAUGACCUGAUUUACGCGUCGGAAGAAAUUGACCAAUGGGUUUUUAUUGCGCCGUUGGGGGAGGGGUCUGAUUUAAUCAAGCAAACUCUCAAUUAAACGUUGCACGGCAAACGCUCAGAAAGUCAAAAGUCUUAUACAUCAAUUAGAUUUUUGAUUGUGAUUCCAGUUUUCCUAUGUUUUGUAUAUAUUUUCUUGUUGUAUUAAAAACCUUUUUUUUUUUUUUAAAGCUGG